UGUAUCAGUAUGGAAUAUCUUUAUUACGAAUUAUAUUUUUAUUCAUGGUAAUGACUAGUUUUAUUACAGAAAUAAGAAAACAGAUUAAAAAAACCGCUAGGAUUAUAAAUUUACUUGUCGAUCGAUUUUCAGCCGAUGAGAAAAUUAGAAAAAAGUUGGAAAAAUUUUCAAAUGACCUCUGGCAUCUGACCAUUGAUUUCACCGCUUGUGAUAUCAUACCACUGGAUCGCACCCUCCUAGCAAUAAUUACUGGUACAAUUGCAACAUAUUUAGUAAUUGCGGUACAAUUCCGUGUCAGCUCACCCUCUGAUUAACAACAUAAAAUUUUACCAA